AGCGACUUGAACCAGUCCACACUUCCCGAAUCAAGACCACCACAAUGUUGCCGCAGCAGUCCCCCAUCGACAUCAACCCGAAUGCUGCCAAGGAGAUCGUGAUGGACAAUGACGCUGGCCAAAUCCAUGUGUUGCUCGGUGCUGCUGGGGGCUGUAUCCAACACAGCGGGUCAAACUUCAAAGUCAACUGGACUGGUGACGGCAAGUCGGUCUUGAGGCUUCGCGACGGCCGCGAGUACCGUCCGAUUCAAUUCCACUUUCACACCCCCUCCGAACACACGCUGGAAGGCAAACGGUUCCCGUUUUGCAUGCACUUAGUGCAUCAAGCCGAAAACGGCGACCUCGCAGUGCUGGGCAUCUUCUUUGAAGAGGGUGACGAGAGCCCGUUCUUGGCCCAAUUCUGGAACUACCUUCCUGAAUUGGACCCACACGGCGAAGAUAUUAUGGUCAACAACAUCGACUUUGACAGCCUCAACAUCGCGGACGACAGCUUCUUCAGAUACACAGGAUCGCUCACGACGCCGCCGUUCACGGAAGGUGUCGAAUGGGUUAUUGUAAAGGACCCCCGCGCGGUGUCGAAGGAUCAAAUCAAGGCGUUUGUCGAUGCUAUCCCUAGCGAAUCCAACGCCCGCGAACUACAGCCCAUUCGUGGAGCAGCCGGCAAGCUGUUCUAUUGCUGCUAAGGUAUCAAUUCAAAUUUGUUUAUCCAACUUUUGCCAAGAGGCGAGUCGCCGUUGCCAAUGGACGCAGAGGUCAUGUUACACAUUUUCAGUGUUGUGCAAAUUACCUUAAAAGGAUUAAGCCCCCAUUUACCAAGCAAUUGCCCCUUUGGCAACAAUUUGAUGCUCCGAGGCAACUUUCACACAAAUACUCAAG